AGUAUAUUGAAAACGCCUCGUCUCAAAGAAGUGCGUACUGUUAUGUCUGACGUUCGGGCGUGAAGAGAGAACUAUGGGGGACAAGUACAAAUACCCCGUUUAUUUCCAGUGCCAGAAGCUUCUUGAGGAAAAGAAUAUAAAGAAAAUUGAGAGCCACUUCCGUAUUCACAGACGGUCCGGCGGAGGAGACUGCGGUCCAUUAACGAGAGAGGCUGAUAAUGUCUACAGCAUAGCGUUCAAAUAUCAGAAAGAUCAACAGGAAGUGUUGAAGAAAUCUAAGCAUGUCGUUGAGCUCACUGAUGGCCUUCUGGUGUUCAGUGUCAGGGACAACCUGUCACCUCCCAGCUCCUUACAUGACACCACCCCUGCAGCGGCAGCAGAGAACCAGCAGUCCAGUCCUGAGCUAACUGCCCCACUGAGUGGUAAAGAAGUUGAAGAACAACCAGAAGAACACAAACUUCCUGCGCUGUCUGAUUCCCCUGAUACUGAGGAACUGCUCACCUCUGGUUUUUACUCGGCUGAGCAUUACCAAAAGGAGGAAGAGACGUUAGUGAGAAGAUUAUCUCAAACUGACACUGUGGGUGAAGGAGAGGAAGACCAACAGUGUCGUGGUUCUCCAGACCCCUCUCAUAAAGAUCAGCACGAUGUUGCAGCACAGCACUACAAAGAUGAAGUCAGCAGAGCGAGGACAGCAGUUGUGGCAGGUAGUCUGGUGAAAACAGACAUGUUAGAUGUAGAGGAUAAGCCAUGUUUAGGUGAGAGUUUGGGAGCAGUAGCCACUUACAACCUUACUGAUGAUGUUCAGCUGAUGGUGUAUCAGGGAGACAUCACCACGUUUGGGGCUGAUGCCCUGGUGAACUCUUCCAAUGAGGAUCUGAAUCAUUGCGAAGGCAUCGCUGCUGCCCUGAGUCAGGCUGGGGGUCCUGACGUGCAGCUUGAGAUCGACUCUUUAAGGAAACGUAAAGGACAAAUCCCUAUUGGUGAAGUUGUAGUGACCAUUGGGGGUAAUUUACCUUGCAAAAGACUGCUGCAUGCUGUUGGGCCUGUGGCUGGAAAAGCAGCUGGUAAGGAGAGGGUGUUACUGGAAAGAACUGUUCGGCGGGCUCUGAAUUUGGCAGAAUUGAUGAAAUUUAAGUCAAUCGCCAUGCCGUGUAUCGGCUCAGGAGUGUUUGGCAUUCCUGUCAUAGUUUGUUCUGAUGCCAUUGUGUGUGCUGUUAAGGAAUUCUGUAGUCAGGGUGGAAAGAGUCUUAAGACAAUUUCACUGAUAGAUGACAGAGGAGAGGUGGUCAGGGCCAUGCAAGAAGCAUGUGACAGGCAUCUUCUGGGGCAAAGUGCUGCCUACCCUGCAGAACACAAAGAUCCACUUGGAAGGGAGUUUGAUUCUGCUGGACAAAAUGUAGCCAGAGGAGCCACAGCUGGAGCUCCCAAAGGUCUCGUCCAGGUUGAGAUUGUUCAGGGGACCAUUGAAAGCCAGCAGACAGAUGCAGUGGUGUCUCCAAUGGUCUUCAACGAUCCUCUGUCUACUCGUGUUGGAAACAUUCUCAGUAAAGCAAUUGGUCGUCGUGUGACUAAAACGAUUAUAGGGAAGUCAGAAGGUGAAAUGGGGCCUGGUGACUUCAUUCUAGAGGAAAAUCUGACUGGAGUUCCUUUUGGUGCCGUGUUCUUCCUCAGCCUUGUUCGGUGGGAUGCAGAAGACAAUGGAACCGCGGUUCAGGUUCUCCGACUGGGCAUCAACCAAAUUCUGACUUCCUGUGAAAGCAAAGGGUUUGGAUCUGUAGCAAUACCUGCACUUGGGGCUGGCAUUGCUCUGGGUUUCCCAAUCACUGUAGUAGCCAGGGUUUUACUGGAGGAGAUCUCUAAAUUUGAGCAGGAGAGAACCACCAGCGCACCAGUUCAAGUUCUCCUUGUUCUACCAGAUCAAGAGGCUCUACAGGUUUUCAAAUCUGUCCAAGAAGAUAUAAAGUUCAACAGAUGUACUGAAAACGAUCUGGAGAGCGGUCGAGAUCAGGACUCCAGUCCAACAAGGAUCGUUCUGCUGGGCAAAACUGGAGCUGGGAAAAGUCACCUAGCUAACACCAUCCUGGGGGAGGACGUUUUUGCGUCAUAUCAUUCUCCUAACUCUGGAACUAAUAAAUGUCAGUCAGAGACCAGAACAGUUAAUGGCCGGCGCCUCACUUUGAUCGACACACCUGGUUUCUUCGACACCGACAGGUCGGAAGAGGAGCUGAAGCCGGAGAUAAUGCGUUGCCUCACGGAGUGCGCACCUGGACCGCACGUCUUCCUCAUUUUACUUAGAGUUGACAGAUUCACAAAGCAUGAGCAACAGGUUAUCACAAAAAUAUGCGAUCAUUUCUCAGAGGAUGCUCUGAAAUACGCUGUAAUCGUGUUCACUCACGGCGAGCAGCUCCAAGAAGGGAUGAAAAUCGAAGAGUUUGUCAAUGAGAAUAAGAAUCUGAGUAAUCUGGUGAAGAAGUGCGGAGGUCGGUGUCAUGUUUUUGAUAAUAAACACUGGAACAGAGAAGGGCAAGAUGAAGAUGAUUACAGGAACAACCAGGUCCAGUUGGAGGUGUUCCUUCAGACAGUAGACAAGAUGAUGGUGGAAAAAAACGGAUCCUACUACACCAAUGCGGUUCUGCAGCACGUAGAAGAAAGGAUCCAGAAGGAAGAAAAGCAGAUUAGAGAGGUGGAAGUGGAUUUACCCCCACAGGAGAUCAGGGAGCGGGCUAAAACUUUCGUGUCUAAUGAAUUUCUGACCCAGUUAGCGGGUACUGCCACCGGUGCUUUGUUGGGGGCAUUUUUUGGAGUGGCAGCGCUAUUGGAAGUUGUAAUGAAAGUUGUGAAAAAUCCCACCGAAGUGAUGAAGCGCGUGAAAACCUUAACAGCGAUGGCACCUGUAGCGACUGUAGCGGGAAGUGAGGUGGCAGUCGUGGCUGCCGGAGUGGUGGCAGGCGUCGCCACAGUAACCGCAGCUGCCGCAGGAGGAGUACGAGGUGGUGUUAUGGGUCAGGAAGCAUCUAAGGAAGCGAAAAGUCCGAUGGAGGCAAUUGAGAAGAGUAUUGAUGCUAUUAUGAAGGAAAGAAGUAGAUUUAGGAUGCUUCCACCAAAUUAAGGGUGCAUUCACACCAGCUCUUGUUUAGUCCACUUUAAUCCGACUGUAGUUUAUUUGUCUAGAAAGUCUGGUAAGUUUGGGGAGGUGUAAAUCCACAAUUGAACUCUGAGGACCAAAAAAUAAAACUUCUGGUCCACCUAAAAACCUAGGUCUUGGUUUGGUUAAAGUGAACUCUGGCGCGGUUUGAAUUUGACGUGAGAUCACUCCAAAAGCAGGAAGCAAAUUAUAGCGCAGGGCAUUCUGGGUCAAUAGACCAAAAACAAAUGGGCAAUUACAAGGAGAAAUGGCUCAUGGUCUUCUGUCAGAGACGAGAGAGAAAUCCUACAACCACUAAAAUCUGAUGCCGCUCCAUUUUGGUUCACUUUUUGUGAAGAAUGUAGGUGCACUGGUUUUCUUCCAAGGUUUUUGUGCCGUUUCCUUCAGUGACUCUUGGUGUAUCACCACCACAGGAAGGGGUGGGGGGAAACAGGUUCUUCAAAGCGUUUGGAUCAUUUGACACAGAGCAAUGUGAAAGCAAACUGUACCAG